AUGGCCAAAGGAGCAAGAGCAUCGACGAUCAAGGCAAACAAUGCCAAGCUGAAGAGCAGGGUUUUUGGUCCUGUAGAGACUGACCGCACCGCUCGACUGUCCGCGAAACUCCUCGAAUUGGUCGCGAAGCCCAAGCCCAAGCCCGCAGAGAAGAAGAUCGCAGAGAAGGACGUGGAGAUGGAAGUAGGAGCUGGCGCCGUUGCUGUAGCAGACAAGAUGACGCCGACAGCAGACACCAAGACCGCAGAUGAAAUGGAGGUCGACGCAGACUCUACCAAGCCGAAGGACUCCUCAAAGUCAGGCAAAGGAACGAUCCAGAGGCGUAAGGUCAGCAAGAACAAGUCUGCAAUAGUCUUUCCCAAGUACAACGAGCGCAAUAAAGUCCGGAAGCCUAAAUCCAAGAGCAACAAGAAGUAG